UAUAAAUGGCUGAUCCAUCAUCAGUACUGGUAUUAUCGUCAACAGAGGAGCAACUAAUACCGAAACCCGAAUUUCCCGAUGAAUUGUUCAAAGAUGACUUCGAUAAGGUUUACGAGCCCUGGGAGGACACCUAUCUGCUGAUUGAGGCCAUCGAAAAGGAUUUAAAGAUAAUCAAAGACAUGAAUCCACUCGUAUGCGUGGAAGUUGGCUGCGGUUCGGGUGCUGUCAUCACAUCGGUAGCCAAAAGUCUGGGUCCAUACCAGCGCUUAUAUAUAGGAACCGAUUUCAAUGGCCAGGCACUGUUGACAACAAAAAAAUGCGGUAUUGUUAACGGUGUGGCCGGUUGUGUACAGUUAGUACACAACGAUCUGACAACAACUAUAGAGGAUAGGCUGAAAAAUCGGGUCGAUUUGCUUAUGUUUAACUCGCCGUACAGAAAAUCCCGUCCCGAUGAGGUGGGCGUUAGCGAGGUAAAAAGUGCCUGGUGCGCCGGUAUCAAUGGUCGGGCAAUUAUCGACCGUUUCCUGGAAACGGUACCCAAAUUGCUCAGUCCUACGGGUGUACUAUAUUUGAUGUCCAUUGCUGUCAAUAAUAUCCAUGAAAUCGAGAACCGUAUGAAAUCCCUGGGCUUUCAAAUGGAAAUCUCAUUGGAAAAGCAGACAAUCUAUGAAAAUGCCCCCGAGCAUAUUUAUGCCCUAAAAUUUACUAGAUUGCAUCAAGUAGAAAAUUAAAAAAUAAAUAUUUUUGAAUAAUCCGAUAACAACAACAAUCCGACUACUAUUGGUGAUGGCA